AUGGCGGAAAUCUUCACCCUCCCACCGCUUCCGUAUGCUUACGAUGCGCUUGAGCCCAGCAUCUCAAAGCAAAUCAUGGAGCUCCAUCACUCCAAGCACCACCAGACCUACGUCACGAAUCUGAACAAGGCUCUGCAGGCAGUCGCUGAUGCUGUCAAGUCGAAUGACAUCGACACUCAGAUCUCUCUCCAGCCAGCCAUCAACUUUAAUGGUGGCGGGCAUAUCAAUCACAGUCUCUUCUGGCAGAACCUGACGCCAGCAUCCAGCCCUGAAGCACGGCCGGACGCCGCGAAGGAUCUGGUGGCGGAGAUUGAGCAAACUUGGACCAGCUUGAAGAGGUUUCAAGAGGUAUUCUCCGCAAAAUUGCUCGGUAUCCAGGGUAGUGGCUGGGGAUGGCUUGUCAAGGCCGAGGGCAGCAAGCAGCUGCAAAUCAUCACGACCAAGGACCAAGACACGGUGCCUAAGUCGUUCGUGCCGAUUUUUGGUGUUGAUAUGUGGGAACAUGCGUAUUACCUUCAGUAUCUGAAUGGAAAGGCUGCGUAUGUGGAGAACAUCUGGAAGAUCAUCAACUGGGCUACCGCAGAGAAGCGAUUUCUUGGUGGGCGUGAUGACGCUUUUACGGUCCUAGAGGCGUCUAUUAAAUGA